AACGCCAACAAUCGACAACCAUCGACAACCGCACAUUCGAAAUGGCUGCCACCACUGUUCCUACCCAGGACCAGGUCCUUGUGCCUGAGACCCUCCUCAAGAAGCGUAAGAGCCAGGAGGCUGCCCGUGCCGCUCGCCGUGAAGAGGCCGAGAAGAAGAAGCAGGCCAACAAGGAGAAGCGUGGUGUCAUCUUCAAGCGUGCUGAGUCCUACGUCAAGGAGUACCGCGAUGCUGAGCGCGAGAAGAUCCGUCUUGCUCGCGAGAGCCGCAAGGCAGGUACCUUCUACGUUGCCGACGAGCCCAAGUUGGUCUUCGUCAUUCGUAUCAAGGGUAUCAACAAGAUCCCCCCCAAGCCUCGCAAGAUCUUGCAAUUGUUGCGUCUCCUCCAGAUCAACAACGGUGUCUUCGUUCGCUUGAACAAGGCUACCUCUGAGAUGCUCACCAUCAUCAACCCCUACAUUGCCUACGGUUACCCCAACCUUAAGACCGUCCGCGAGCUCAUCUACAAGCGUGGUUACGGCAAGGUCAACGGCCAGCGUCUCCCCCUCUCCGACAACCAGAUCAUCGAGGAGAACCUUGGCAAGUACGGCAUUGUCUGCGUCGAGGAUCUCAUCCACGAGAUCUACACUGUUGGCCCCAACUUCAAGCAGGCCUCUAACUUCCUUUGGCCCUUCAAACUCUCCAACCCUACUGGCGGUUUCCAUUCCCGCAAGUUCAACCACUUCAUUGAGGGUGGUGACACUGGUAACCGCGAGGAGAACAUCAACGCGCUCGUUCGCCAGAUGAACUAAAAAGCCAAAAAGUCUUUGUUAUUGAUUUCCAAUUUCAAGGGAUGUUCUUUCUUUUAUGGGUUGUUUGUUUGUAUAGGGACUGCAGUUCAUUAGCGUUUAUGAUUGUCGAUUCAUAGGUAGCCUAGUCUAUCCAAGGUUAAUCCGGACCAAACAUAUUCAAUCAACCCAUAAUUGUCCUAUUAGAUGCCUUCUGCCUGGUAAUUUAUCUUUUAACAACUUUUAUUGAGGCCUCACGAAGCUCAAAGCAUCUAUAUACGAAUAACCUCUUCAACCCUCCUGUUCCUAUUCACAACUAACCUGAGCUGUCUAUUCC